UAAUUAUAAGCAAAGAAAGUGUUCAAUUCAUCCUAUUGUAUGCGCUAAGGUACGGUCUUCUCUUUCUAAUCUGUAUCUCGAGGAUCGAACAUGUCUUCUUCUUCUUCUUCCAUUUUCACUCCAAAAAAGUACGACGUAUAUGUGAAUUUCAGAUCAGAGAACGCUAACAAGACUUUUGUUAGCAAUCUCUACGCGUCUUUACAUCGGAGGAAGAUCCACACUUCAUAUGUGGAUUUUGACGAUCCGAAGGGAACAGAAGAAAUUUCACCUGGAAUGGUUAAAGCAAUAGAAGAAUCAAAACUAGGUAUAAUUAUUUUCUCGGAAAAUUAUGGUUCUUCCCCAAAGUGUUUGGAUGAGCUUGUGCAUAUAUUGGAAUGCAAUAAAGAAAAACAGCAAUUUGUUAUACCAUUGUUUUACCAUGUCGAUCCAUCACAUGUACGGGACCAAUUAGAGAGUUUCGCGAGGGUGAUUAAAUGGAGGAGAAGAGUUUCGGAAGCAAAGAAGACCGAUUUAACUACUGCUCCUGCGAUUAUUUAUGAGACAGGUGGGGAUGAUGAUUUCAGAAGUUUAGUGCAAGCGUUGACCAGUGGUCAGUUUACUUCUUCUACAGUUAAGUAUGAACCAGAUAGGGUGGAGAAAUGGAAAUUAGCUUUGGAAGCAGCAGCCAAUCUAAGUAGUCUGUCUACUUCUUCAACGAAUGUGUCGGAGUCCGAAUUGGUUGAGUUAGUUGUGGAAGCUGUUGUGAAUAAAUUGGAACAACUGAAAUCAUUAGAUAACACAUCACAAUGCUUGGUUGGAAUCGAACCCCGUGUGGAGAAAAUCGUAUCCUUGCUACACAUUGGUUCACCCGAAGUUCGUAUUAUAGGAAUUUGGGGAAUGGGUGGUAUAGGCAAGACAACUCUAGCUCGUGUUGUGUAUGAACGAGUUGCUUCUCAGUUUGAAAGUAGCUGCUUUCUUGAAAAUGUUCAGGAAGUAUCAAGGAGUCGUGGACUAAAUAAUCUACGGAAUGAGCUUCUUGCUGAACUGUUUGAGGAAGAAAGUGAUCAAUAUUUAGAUAACUAUUCGUCUUUUGGGUCGACAUUGUUAGCUUAUCGUCGUAAAAGAGUUCUUACAGUUCUCGACGAUGUGAAUAAUUUAAAUCAAUUUGAGCUUUUAGCUAGAGACCAUGAUCUGUUUGGCUAUGGAAGUAGAAUUAUUAUAACAACUAGAAAUAUGCAAGUGCUUAGAAAUAUUGGAGCUAAUGAAGUAUAUCGAGUUGAGGAAUUGAACCAGGAAGAUGCUUUUCAACUCUUUUGUUCGAUUGCAUUCAGAGAAAGCAAUUUCUCCAAAACAGAUUAUAUAGAAUUUUCAGAAGAGAUUGUAGAUAAUGUUCAAGGACAUCCAUUAGCUCUUAUUGUUUUAGCAUCCUGUUUGAAAUACAAGAGCAAACAAGAUUGGGAAAGUGCAUUGACAAAGCUUAAAAAAAUUCCCAACAUAGGAAUUCAAAAUGUGCUGAAAAUAAGUUAUGAUGAACUAGAUAACUAUGAAAAAAGCCUAUUUCUGGAUGUUGCAUGUUUUUUCAGAAGUGAGAACAGAGAAAUUGUGGAAAAUGUACUCGAUUCCCGAGAUUUCUUUACUAGUAACCAGCUGAAUGAUCUCAGGGACAAAUUUCUAUUGACGUUCGAUGCGCACAAGAAUAUUAAGAUGCAUGAUUUGAUAGCUGAAAUGGCUUGUCAAAUUGUUCUUCGUGAGCGUAAAAAGAGUAGGUUGGUUACUGCUGAAGAUAUUCUACACAUCUCCAAGCAUAGUACAGAAUCUGCUGCUACUCAUGUUGAAGGGAUAUGUCUUGACAUGUGUGAAAAUAGAGAAAUUCAAUUCAGUCCUUCAGUCUUCAAAAAGAUGAAUAGUCUAAGACUGCUCAAAAUUCAUUUUAGCAACCCAGAGAAAUGUAAAGUGAAUUUCUCACCAGGGUUACCUUCUCUUCCUAAAUCGCUUAGGUAUUUGCACUGGGAUGCAUCUCCUUUGAAAUCAUUGCCGGAAGACUUUCCAUUGGAAAAUCUUGUUGAGCUUAUCAUGCCAUAUAGCAAUUUUGAGACAAUGUGGGAUGGAGACCAGGAUCUUGUAAACUUGAAGAAGAUCGAUCUUAGUUACUCUGUUCGAUUGACUCACAUUCCCAGUCUCACUCGAGCUCAAAAUUUACAGUAUCUAAAACUUGAAUAUUGUAAAAGCUUAACUGAGCUUCCUUCUCAUUUGCAACAUCUUCCGGAGCUUACCACUAUCUCUCUCAGUGGUUGUUCUUCUCUUGACAAGUUUCCACAACUUCCAAAGAAACUAAAAAGUUUAUAUAUGAGCGGAACAAGCAUAUAUGAAGUGCCUUCGUCAAUUGAAUAUCUCACUAAUCUCGAGGUACUAUUGCUGAGUGAUUGUGAAAGGCUUGAGAGCUUGCCAACUACCCUUUCUAAAUUAUUAUCACUUGAGUAUCUCAACAUGGAUGGUUGCUCAAAUUUGUCGCGUCUACCUGAAAUCUUGGGACCAAUGGAAGAUCUGAUGUUUCUUUUUUUGAAUAACACAGCAAUCAAAACGCUACCUUCUACUAUUGAGAAUCUUGUCAAUCUUGAAACACUAGAUCUGCGGAGGUGCCGCGAACUUGAGCUGAUCCCGACAAGUAUAUACCAGUUAGAAAAUCUUAAACUUCUCAAUGUUUCCGGUUGUAUGAAACUAAAUAAAUUGCCUCCAAUGUCUGUCGGUUUACAGUCUUUGAGUCGACUGAACCUGAGUGAUUGCAGCUUGUUAGAAAUUCCUGACCAGCUUGGUGCCUUAGCCUCAUUAGAAAGUUUGGAUUUAAGUGGAAGCAUAAUUGAUAGAGUACCUACAAGUAUAAAUAAACUUUUGAAGCUGAAACACCUUGACAUAAGCAACUGCAAGAAUCUUCGAGCCUUACCAGAGAUUCCAUUGUUUGUAGAGUUUGUUGAUGCGCAUGGUUGUAUAUCAUUGAAAACUAUGUCGACUGUAAGUAAGUUAGCCCUUACACAAGGCUGGGAUCAUUUUCCUGUUCGUAGCGAGGAGCUUGUAUUUUUUAACUGCCUAAGAUUGGAUCACAAUGCGCGCAACAACUUGAUGAAUGAUGGCCGUCUAAGAAUCUUGCGCAUGGCAACUUUCUCUCGCUCAAAACAAGUACCUGAAUAUUCUUCUGUUAGCAUUUGUUAUCCUGGGUAUCAAAUUCCAAAGUGGUUCAACUACCGAUGCAGGGGAUCUUCUAUACACGUUAAGCUUCGUCCUCAAUGGUGGAACUCCAACUUCUUGGGAUUUUCUCUAUGCCUUGUUGCAGCGCCUUUUUCAGAGUGCGAUUCCCACACACAAAUCCAUUUCCAUUGUGAGUUAAAAUUCCGAGACAAGAAUGGUAAAACUCAUACAUUCAAAAGCUUUUUGAGGGGUUAUAGUCAAGAUAAUGAUGAAGAUACAUCUAUAAGAUGGCUUAACUCAGAUCACCUGUUCCUAUGGUAUGAUUACGGUUUGUGUCUUCAUGAACUGGAAGCAGAUACCUUUACUGAGGCAUGGUUUGAAUUUUUUGCAAUAGAUAGUUGGGACAGAAAAGUAAACUCCUGCGAGGUUAAAAAGUGUGGUAUCCACCUGUUAUAUCGCCAAGAAGCAGCGAGAUUUGGUUUCCCCACUGGUGUGUCUGAGCAAAGUGAUGAAAUAAUCGAAAUAUGUGAUUCUGAUAAUGAUGAUGAUGAUACAACCAUGAGUGCUGGAAUAGACUAUGAUAACAUCAUGAAUGAAGAAGAAGAAGACCAACAACCUACGGAAAUAUACAGAAGAAAAUCAAAUUUCUCAGGAUGCGCCUGGAUUAUUUCCCUCAUUAAAGAGUUCUGCGAGCAUGGUUUUGUGAAGAAAUCUGGAUACGACGACCACGUUACUCUUGGUGAUGGGCUACGACAGCAAGGCAACACGUCGACUUUUAGAGCCACGGAAGCCCACAUUGAAAAGCACUUUAAGGAGAACUCCAUGCACUCUAUGAAGUUAAAAGUCGAGGAAUUAAACCAAAAAGCCGAACAAAUAUUAAAGCUUUUGAUCAAAUAAUUACAGUGAGUGGUCAUUGAUGUGUCAAGACUGGUUACAUUAAUUGGUAUCAGAAUACAAGCAAACUAUGAAGUUAAGUAUGUCUGAAGCCAAUGGCCUUAUUUUUCGCUGCUAAAGUUCGCUUUCUCGCCAAGGCUGGGAUUUUGUUAUCUUUCUGAGUAAUGCCAUUUAUUGUGGUUGAAUCUUUUGCUCUGCCGGAAGUCUCCUCCUCCACUGCAUUGCAGUCGUUUCACAAACAAGGUAAUUUGGUGGGAAAUUCACAAGAUUAGCAGGCUAGCCAAUUUUGCAGCUCACAAUCUUACUAAAUGGGUCCUUGGGAUAGGGAAAGUUUGCUAGGUGUAUGUUAAAUUCCUCAUUUUUGACACACCAUUCUUUUCUUUUACAGAGUUCAUUGGUGGGUGGUAAUGUUCAUGGCCAUGUAAUAGUUUAUCUCGAAAAAUCAUUACUAGCCGUACAAAGGUUAAAAUAUAAGAGCAGUCCCAGUCAGUUUUGUAAAUAAAUUGAUUAAUACAUAUUCUUAUCGCCAACUGAGUAAUGAUUAUUUGCUGUGUCUACUAUA